CACACUCUUGUGGUUCAUGAGCACGCGGAGGUCGUUCACUCUGACGCGCAGCUCAGGCGCUCCAAUACACUUCCGACAACACGGAAGAUGUGACGUUGCACUGCUGAAUGGAUGAACUGAAGCUCUUAUGCUGGAGGAUUGACACUGAGUCUUUGCAAAACUUCAUACGGAUCGUACACUGGUUUACAACGUUUGCAAAUUUUACAAUGGCCGGUUCAAGGGUGGACCCGACAACACUGUGCCUGUUUGAUGUGGACGGGACUUUAACAGCAGCUCGCCAGCACAUCCUAAAUGACAGUCAUGGGCCAUGGCUAGGCACAUUUAUUGAAUUCCGUAAUGGAAUGCUGAAUGUCUCUCCAAUUGGUCGAAGCUGCAGCCAAGAGGAAAGAAUCGAAUUUUUUGAACUUGAUAAGAAGGAGAAAAUUAGAGAAAAGUUUGUCUCCGUUUUAAAAGAAGAGUUUGCUGGGAAAGGACUAGCUUUCUCCAUUGGUGGGCAGAUCAGCUUUGAUGUGUUUCCAGAAGGCUGGGAUAAGCGCUACUGUCUGGGAAUUGUAGAGAAAGACUCAUACCAGCGCAUCCAUUUCUUUGGAGACAAAACUAUGCCUGGGGGAAACGAUUAUGAAAUCUUUGUAGACCCCAGAACAAUCGGUCAUGAGGUCAAGUCACCUGAGGACACACUGAGGAUCUGCAAGGAGCUCUCCUUCAACUGAAAGACCUCUGCCAUCUAGAAUGAAGUAUAGUAGAAGACUACAACGUCCAUGAACUAUGAAAUUAUGAAUAGGAGUCUCACUUGAAAUGUCUAAGCCAUUAUUGUCUUUGUGUAUUUCAAUGAUUGUACCUCAUGACAGGUACUGGAUAAACUUGGUACAUACAGUACAUCUGUACGUGUUCAUUUUAUAUGUAAUCUGAUGCAUUAUUUACAGGUUUAAGGAACUGACUGGUGCAGUGAUUAUGUCUGAACAUCUGUGCCUUAAGUCAUGUCAGUACUGGACAAUAUACACUUUAAACUCUUAUUUUUAUUAAACACUUUGGUCCAAAUUAAAAGACAGAUAUCAUUCAGUUAAGACAGGAUGGGUUUCAUAAAAUGUUACUGUACAUGUGUUAAGGAUUACUGUUUUUUUAUCAGGAGCAAAAGUGAUUAAUAAAGAUAGGUGUGGGCUGGACUAACUUCUUAACUAAAAUUAAUGGUGAAGGUGCAACAAUUGAAGUCUCAUUUUCAUAAGAGGAAUUUAAAAAGACAUCAAGACAAAGGGCUUUAUUAUCUUAGAAUUGAUCGAUUUUUGCUCAAAUUAAACUGACUUAGUUAAUUUCCUGACAAAACCAAUAGUUCUUGGUUGGAAGUGUUGUUAAUCUGCUUGCUUAAGUAAAAUAAGUGAAUGCAAACACUAUAAUAAACAGGAAAUAUAUUCUGUAUGGAUAUGAUAUUGGUGCGUAUAUUUCACAUGUAUGACUUCAACACCGUAAGAAAGAGUACUGUACAUAUUCUGAG